GGUGAGAGGAUCCAAAUCCAUGAACCAAACCCAAAAGUUCAAACACAGCGAGUGAGCGAGCAAAAGUCCCACCCACGUUUCAUCACCUUCUCUCCGCUGCUCCUCCCAAUCGCAGUCUCUCUCUCUCUCUCUCUCUCUCUCUCUCUCUCUGUGUUUGUGUAGAGAAGUGGAAUGGCUGGAAUCCGAUUGCCGCCGGAGGACUCGGAGCUCUCGUCGCAGCAAAGCCGAGGCGCAGUGAGCGAUCUGGUCUCCGACGACGAGCGCUCGGUGGCGGCCGACUCCUGGUCCAUCAAGAGCGACUACGGCAGCACCCUCGACGAUGACCAGCGCCAGACAGACGCUGCCGACGCUCUCUCCGCCGCCAACUUCCGCGCACCCUCCGAUUACAGUUCUGACAAGGAGGAAGCAGAUGCUGAAGAAGCUGUGCAAUCGAUGCUUGGCCUUCAGAGUUAUUGGGAUACUGCAUAUGCAGAUGAGUUGACAAAUUUUCGCGAACAUGGCCAUGCUGGUGAGGUUUGGUUUGGAGCUGACGUCAUGGAAGUAGUUGCUUCUUGGACCAAAAGCUUGUGUAUUGACAUUUCUCAAGGUCGCUUGCCGAAUCAUGUUGAUGAUAUCAAGCCUGAGCUGGUUGAGCAGGGUGAUAAAUAUCUGUCUACAUGGAGUGUUCUUGAUAUUGGGACUGGCAAUGGUUUGCUUCUUCAAGAACUUGCUAAGCUAGGAUUUUCUGAUUUAACUGGAACUGAUUAUAGUGAAGGGGCAGUUCAGCUUGCUCGAAGCCUUUCUGAUCGAGAUGGAUUUCCCAAUAUUAGUUUCUUGGUUGAUGAUGUUCUUGAGACAAAGUUGGAAAGGCAGUUUCAACUUGUCAUGGACAAAGGAACUUUGGAUGCCAUUGGAUUGCAUCCUGAUGGCCCUGUCAAAAGGAUGAUGUAUUGGGAUUCAGUUUCGAGAUUGGUGGCUUCCGGUGGAAUACUAGUGAUCACAUCGUGUAACAGUACAAAAGAUGAAUUGGUACAAGAAGUGGAAAGUUUCAAUCAGAGAAGGAUUGGUGUGUCACAGGAACCUGCUGGCAGAGAUCCUCCAUUUCGAUUCCUGAAUCAUGUUCGUUCAUAUCCAACAUUCAUGUUCGGUGGAUCCGUGGGAUCACGUGUUGCCACUGUGGCAUUUUUACGGAACUGAAAUUGUGAAUCCUUUUGUCUUGUUGGAUAUACUUUUGGUCAAAUGGUUUGAUACAGUUUAUGUUUGUCAUGUGUAUGUGCGUGGGAAGAAAGUGGAAAAUUACUGACUUGUGUAAGUUCAUUUGUUUGAGACAAUGAGAUUUGCUGAUUCAUGUGAAAAUGAGGUUUCUCGGG